UAUUGUUUCUGUCUUUCUCCGUUGUACCAAUUUAUUUGGUUCAGUUAACAAUAAAUCAAACCCCAGAAAAAAAAUCUCUUGAGAUAUCCAAGAAAUAAAUUAUGAACACUCGAGCAAUCAUCGGAUUCUCAAAGCCCACAUUUUAUCAGGUGCUACUCUGCAUCAUCUCUUUGUUGUACUACCUUCCUUGUGCUUCAAGUCAGGAAGAACUUGGGUGGUGUGGAGAGUUGUUUCAGUGUGGGAACAUAACCGCUGGUUUUCCCUUCUGGGGUGGGAAACGUCCUGAUCAUUGCGGUCAUACAUGGCUGGAGCUUCACUGCAAUAACAACAACAGUACAUCUUUAAUCAUCUCAGACCAAGAGUACUCUGUUCUCGAUGUUAAUCAAACAUCUUACAGUCUAACACUUGCCAGGACAGACCUGCUAGGCCCUUUUUGCUCCGCUAUGUUUAAUACCACUACCUUGCCUCCCGAUAUCUUUGAGCUCUCACCAACCUUUAAGAACCUCACAGUUUCUUACCUCUGCGAUCCUUAUCCUUCAUCCAAUUUUACAUGUCAUGAUAAGGGUAUUGUGAUUGGGACAGUGUCUCAAGACUCUCGACAGUCUUAUUACUGUAAUGAUAGUUUCAUAGUGAAUGUUCCAAUGAGUUUCUUUCCAGAAGAGAGAGAGUUCAAUUUGAAUCAGUUGGAAAGGGUUUUAAGAGAAGGGUUCGAGGUGAAAGUGGAGAUCGAUGAGAUAACUUGUCAAGAAUGUUCGUCCUCUGGUGGAAUAUGCAGCUUUAAUGGUACCACACAAGUUUGCUGCAAGAGAAACUCACCCUCAGGAGUCUUCUGCGAACCAAAACGUCAACCAACUGCUGAGCUUCACGACCGCUGUAGUACCCCGUUUAUCUGUGGAUAUCACAGUGGUCUCUUGUACCCUUUCUGGAUUCCUGGAAGAGAAGAAUGUGGCCACCCUGACUUCAAGCUCACCUGUAUCGGAGGAUUGGCAGAGGUUAAUAUCGCGUCCGUGAAGUUCAGAAUCUUAGAAGCAAACUACACCACUCGUAUCAUAAGACUUGCCAGAUCUGAUCUUAACGGCCACCUUUGCCCCCAAAAUCCUUCACAUGCGCCAUUGGACCAAACUUUCUCUCUAUUUUCUCCUGACACCGAGCUGCUAACACUUUACUAUGGCUGCGGAGACUUUACAUUCUUAACGCCUGCUUACCAUCCUGCUUACAUCAGAGACCUUGGUUGUGAUCAUGAUGAUGAAAUCGUAGGAAGUUACUUUGUGACGAGAAACCUCUCAUCCCAUGUACUUGACGGAGUUAGAGACCUUUUAAGGGUCCUAGGGGUAUGGUGCGCAAACGUCAGUGUUCCUGCCUCCGGACCUGCUUUAAAAAUACUACAGAAAUUUCAGACUUCAGAUAAUCUCAAGAAGGUGGUUCAAGAGGGUGUCGAGCUUGGAGUUGACCAAGAAUGUUACAUGUGCAUCGACUCUGGGGGUGCUUGUGGAUAUAACCAAACCACAAGAGGGUUCGUCUGUUACUGUAACAAUGGACCUCAUAGCUAUAUUUGCAGUUCCGGAAAGAGGAAUCAUGGUAAACUGUUGUUUUCUCUCGAGCUAAUUCCAUAUUGUCUGAGUGUACUAGUAGCGGGUGUUCUUGUGCUCUUGCUAAUACUCAUACCAAUUCUCCGAAAGAGAAAAGCAUCACAUGACAACAGAAAACAGAAUCUAAACACCCUUAUUCCACUGAAACACUACAGUUACGCACAAGUCAAACGAAUAACAAACUCAUUUGCGGAAGUGGUUGGGGAAGGAGGGUUUGGAACGGUCUAUAGAGGAACUCUUUCUGAUGGUAGUAUGGUUGCGGUGAAGGUUUUGAAAGAUACUAAGUGUAAUGGUGAAGACUUCAUUAACGAAGUUGUGAGCAUUAGCAGAACUUCUCAUGUUAACAUUGUGUCUCUGCUUGGAUUCUGCUCCGAAGGUUCCAAGAGAGCAAUUGUUUAUGAACUUUUGGAAAAUGGGUCGCUUGAUAGGUUCAUCUCAACCAACAACUCAAUGGGCAUGGAUUGGAUGGCAAUGCAUGGAAUCGCGCUAGGUGUUGCUCGUGGUCUAGAGUACUUGCACUAUGGCUGCAAAACAAGGAUUGUGCAUUUCGAUAUUAAACCUCAGAACGUAUUGCUGGAUGAGGAUCUUUGUCCCAAAGUUUCUGAUUUUGGACUUGCUAAACUAUGCAAGAAGAAAGAGAGCACCAUGUCACUACUAGACAUGAGAGGGACGAUAGGCUACAUCGCACCAGAGAUGAUCUCUAGAGUUUAUGGGAGUGUUUCCCACAAGUCGGAUGUAUACAGCUAUGGAAUGUUAGUCCUCGAAAUGAUAGGAGCAAGGAACAAAACAUCCGCAGAAAACUAUGCAUCGGACACAAGCUCGAUGUACUUUCCAGAAUGGAUCUACAAGGAUCUUGAGAAGGGAGACGAUGAAAGGCUUGUUGGUAAUGGAAUCAGCAACGACGAAGAGGAGAUAGCAAAGAAGAUGACAUUGGUGGGUUUGUGGUGUAUUCAGUCUUCUCCAUCAGACCGCCCACCGAUGAACAGAGUUGUGGAGAUGAUGGAAGGAAAUCUUGAUUCUCUUGAAGUCCCUCCUAAGCCUGUUUGGCAAAUUCCUACAGUGCCUCUUCCUGAAACUUCUUGGAUUUCAGAGGAGAGCUCAAGCAUCACUAAUUGAAAACCAGAACAAACAAAAUGCUUCCAGUGAGUUGCAAGCAAACCAAAGAGAUUAUAACUAGUAACUUUAUAUCACUUUUAGUCAGUAGUUCUAUGGUCUCUACCAUUCUAAAGUCGUUAGCAAACUCUUCUAUAAGUUAGCUAUGGAUCAGACUCUUCAUCACAUACUAUUCUCAGGGCCGGCUUGGUAUAUAGAGCUGUCAGUUUAUCUA